CCCCCGAGCCGAGCCGAGCCGGGACGCCGCCGGUUGGAGCCUGACAGAGCAGUGAGCGGCGUGAGGACUUUGUGGACGCUGAGGUCGACACCAUCCGGUCCUGCUGACAUCAAGGUGCAUCUGUGUGAAUGUACACGUCGAGCAAAGUGCAAGGUCCCCUCGGAGCGCAGAUACGCGCUGCGUCCGGCUCUGAGCAGCCGCUCCUCACCGUCCCUCCUCGGCCCACGUUCAUGUGCCUGCGGUGUUGUUUUGUUUGUUUGGCGCUUUUAUUUUGUAUCAGCUAGUUUUAUUCCUUUUCUGCACCGAAGAUGUCCUGCAUGUUGCUGGGAGUCAUCCGCAGACAUGGUGGCGUCGGGGCGAGCGUCGGGGUUCGCUCCCUGGCCUCCAUCCCCUCACUGCCCCCGGCGGUGGCUGAUUUUGUGAAGGGAGCGGCGGAUGAAUGUAAGCCCUCCAAUGUGCAUGUGGUGACGGGGACGCCGGAGGAGACCGCCAACAUCCUGGCCGGUCUGGAGAAAGAAGGGAUGGUGAAGAGGCUCCCCAAAUAUGAGAACUGUUGGCUGGCACGAACAGACCCAAAGGACGUGGCUCGGGUGGAAAGCAAGACUGUGAUUGUGACCAAGAAGCAGAGGGACACCAUCCCCAUCCCCGCUGGAGGCGUGAAGAGCCAGCUGGGCAGCUGGAUGAGCGAGUCGGACUGGCAGAGAGCCAGAGAGGAGCGUUUCCCCGGCUGCAUGGCAGGUCGGACCAUGUAUGUGAUCCCCUUCAGUAUGGGUCCUGUAGGCUCUACUCUGUCUAAAUAUGGUGUCCAGGUGACAGACUCACCGUACGUUGUGGCCAGUAUGGGGGUCAUGACACGCAUGGGCGCUCCUGUCCUGCAGAAACUGGCUGAGGGAGUGGACUUUGUCCGCUGUCAGCACUCUGUGGGACGACCUUUACCACUCAAAGCCCCUCUGGUCAACUCGUGGCCCUGUAACCCAGAAAAGGUGCUGAUAUCACACCUGCCAGACGCCAGGCAGAUCAUGUCCUUCGGCAGCGGCUACGGAGGAAACUCUCUCCUGGGGAAGAAGUGCUUUGCCCUUCGCAUCGCGUCCCGCAUCGCCAAGGAUGAAGGCUGGCUGGCUGAGCACAUGCUGAUCCUGGGUAUCACCAACCCUCAGGGGGUGAAGCGUUACGUGGCGGCGGCCUUCCCCAGUGCCUGUGGUAAAACCAACUUGGCCAUGAUGAAACCAGCUCUUCCCGGCUGGAAGGUUGAGUGUGUGGGCGAUGACAUUGCAUGGAUGAAGUUCGACAGCCGAGGUAAACUGAGGGCCAUCAACCCAGAGAACGGGUUCUUCGGCGUGGCUCCAGGCACCUCAGACAAGACCAACCCCUACGCCAUGGCCACUAUUGCCAAAAACACUGUGUUCACCAACGUUGGUGAGACCAGCGAUGGAGGAGUGUGGUGGGAGGGCCUCGACCCCCCUCCAGCCGGGAUCACCCUCACAGACUGGCACGGCAAAACCUGGAAGAAAGGAAGCUCGACUCCGUGUGCUCACCCCAAUUCCCGCUUCUGUGCCCCGGCGGGUCAGUGUCCAAUCAUUGACCCGCUGUGGGAGAGCGAGGAGGGCGUUCCCAUCGACGCCAUAAUCUUCGGCGGCAGGAGGCCGGAAGGAGUCCCUCUGGUCUACGAGUCUUUCAGCUGGCAGCACGGAGUCUUUGUCGGAGCCGCCAUGAGGUCCGAGGCCACGGCAGCUGCUGAGCAUAAAGGCAAGGUGAUCAUGCAUGACCCCUUUGCCAUGCGGCCCUUCUUUGGUUACAACUUUGGAGACUACCUCGCUCACUGGCUGAGCAUGGAGAAACGAAAAGCCCCCACUCACCUGCCCAAGAUCUUCCACGUCAACUGGUUCAGAAAGGACCCGGCGACCGGCUCCUUCCUCUGGCCGGGCUUUGGUGAAAACGCCCGCGUCCUGGAGUGGAUCUUCAAGCGUUGCAGCCGGGAGAGGGAGGACGAGGCUGCCAAGAAGAGCAUUAUCGGCUGGCUGCCAGAAGAUGGCGCCAUCGACACAAAAGGUCUGAGCGGCAAGGUGGACAUGGGUGCCCUGUUUGAUGUGCCCACGCCGUUCUGGCAGAAGGAGACGAAGGAGCUGAGAGCCUACUUCACUCAGCAAGUUGGAGCUGAUCUGCCGGCUCAGGUGGAGGCCGAGCUGAAGGCGCUGGAGGACAGAGUGCACAACUGAAACUACCGACAGGAAACGGCGAGGUCACUGACGACGCACGAUUCAGACCAUCAAAGUGAAGUCACUGGCUGGUUAACAAACACAAAGACUUUAAUUCUGAACCAGGUUAGCUGAAAACAGUUUUGGUUUUAUCAACCAGAAACAGAGAUUGGUUAAGCUGGUUGAGAUGCCUGGCUGACCGUUUCAUGGAAACAUCCACCUCCUCUUUGGGUUUCACAACAUGUGCUGAUAUGCCAAAAAACAUGGCAGCGGCUGCCAAGAGGCAGUCCUUAACUGUAGUUUAUGUUAGCAACAGUUUGAUUUCUCUCUGCUGAUGUUAUUCAUUGACAAUUCAGAAAUGCGUUCAGUCACCGGUUGAAUUAAAAGCAACAUCUCGGGAAGACCAGCAGCCAUCAGGACUUAACUUUCUCAGUGCAUGCAAAGUCAGUCAGUGACUCUCGUCUUUUCUCUUUCGUGAAGAGAAGCCUGUUAGGAAUUAACUGACAGAUAUGGAACUGGAGGAGAAGCUAAUAAUCUGCAAUGCAAUACCCACAUUUUGGACACUAUUUCAGGGAGGUUGGACUCUCGACAUGAGGGGUGGAUGGAGAGAAGCUUCAGUCAGAGGACCUGGCAUGGUGCUAAAGCACAGUCGGCACAGAGAUAAUGUUUACAAGCUAAAGCCCAAAGAGUUCAUUAAGGUUUUAAAGCUUUUAAGUGAAUUUUAGCACCAGCUCUUUUGAUACACUAAUGACUGAGUCUCAUUAAAUGCAAUUUAUUUUAAAUCGAUAUUGGAAAAUAUCAACAGUCAUUAACUCAAAACACUGUAGCAGUCGUCCAGUGGGGCUGAGCAUUACUAUGCAUCAUUCAUUCACGCAUUUUUGUUGUUAUGAUUGUGAUUAAAUCGUAUGAUUUCAGGUGAUGUUUACGCACAAUAUGUGAAAUGUUGGACCAAUAAAUGUGACUGAGAUUAUUAGGUAUUUUUAGAAGACGUAUGCUGAGGUUUUUAUUUCAGUGCAAUGAAUAAAUAUCUCAAAAUGCA